CCAAUACCUGCAUAACUGUGUCAAUCGGACAGUUAACAAGUUCAGUUUAUUUUCUCAGUUUCGAUUUAAAAUUAUUUCUCAACAGUGCUUCCCUUGGGUAAAUGUCAAACUCUCAACCAGAUUUUGGUUUUAGAUCGGCCCCCAACUGUGCUCGCUGCCGCAACCAUGACGUCCAGUUACCGGUUAAGAGUCAUAAGCGAUAUUGUAAGUUUCGUUUCUGCGCCUGCAACAAGUGUUUACUCACAGCGGAACGUCAAAAGGUGAUGGCAAGACAAACAGCUGUUAGGAGAGCUGAAGAACAAGAUCGCCAUAGACUAAAGCAAGGACUUCCUGUGCCUAAUGGUUCAGAUCCACCUUCCCAUAGUGUGUCAGGUAUCAAAUCGACAAAGGAAGAGUGGGAUUCUAUUUUGUUGUUGCUCAAAUGGUGUAAUCUACCCGUCAGUGUGACUCCCCUACUUCACAUUCUUCUCAGUGAGGUUUCCAGCAAUGCUCACACUAUAUACAGCCGCUUUAAAGAAUCUCAAGAAGUACUUCAAAAGACUUGUCUCUCCAAACCAUUGCAAGUGUUAACGCCGUUCUCUUGCGCUCCGUACUACCCUACAGUGAGAUACCACCCUUAUCUCACCUACCACCAUGCAUACCAGCUACCUGUGCUACCUUCUCUGGAGAGCUUUCCCAUACCGGAAGAUACUUCUCCACCAGACAUGAAAACUGACAUCUCUUUGACAUUGAAACAACCUUCUCACUUCAGUUGAAAUCAAUCCAAGGCAUAAUUUAAUGUACUUCAAUGAUCUUCCACUGGC